AUCAAUUACCCCGGAAAACGCGUUCAAUUCGGCGAAAGUGUUUUCAACAUUAAUCUAUUUCCAGCGAGUAAUGUUCUCCACCUAACGGCGAAUCAUGCCCACAACGGUGGAAGCGCAAGAGAAACUGCCUGAAACACGAGGAAGGGAAUCCGCUACCGAUGGCACUGUCAACAAUGGUCACCCAGCGAAGACGGCGGCGGGUGCGGCUGUGGCCGAACCGAUGAAACCAAAGGCCAAAAAGGAGAAGAAGGAUGGAAGUGGUAGCAAGCGCAACAAGAAGGCCAAAAAGGAUGUUCCGAAACCGCUGACGAAGGUUAUUAUCCGCCGGCUGCCUCCGUCGAUGGAUGAGGAAACGUUUCGGAAGCAAAUCGAUCCGAUUCUGGAUCAUGACGAUUUCUAUUUCGUUUCCGGUGAUUGGUCACUGGGGAAGAACGCUUGCUCUAGGGCUUACAUAAAUUUCACCCGGUCGGAGGAUAUCUAUCUAUUCAAGGACAAGUUUGAUGGGUAUAUUUUUGUGGAUGCUAAAGGGGUGGAGUUUCCAGCGGUGGUAGAGUUUGCGCCGUUUCAGGAGUUGCCGAGGAAUCGUUCAAGAAAGAAGGACGUGAAGUGUGAUACGAUUGAGACGGAUACUCACUUCAUUGCCUUCAAGGAGGCACUGGAAGCGGAAGAGAAGGACACGGCUGGAAAGAGUAAAAGCAAGCUGAAGUUCACCUAUAAGAUUAAGGACGAGGAAAAGAUUAUAUCGACGCCACUGCUGGAAUAUAUAGCUCAGAAGAAGCAGGAGAAGCGAGAGGAGAAACGUAAAAAGAUGGAAGAGAAGAAAAAGCAGCGGAAAGAGGAUCGGCACAAGAAGAGCCAACCGGGGAAGGCAAUCCCGGAGGUAAUAAAAGAGGAGAAAGAAAAGGUAAAGGAGGAAGAAGUUGUGGUUCGAACGGUUCCGUCGAGGUUGGAUCCGAACCAGGGAAAGAAGGAUAUACGUAAAAAAAGGAAAACUAUAUUCUGCGAAGAGCGACGACGGUGA